UCCAAUUUUCCAAAUGUGAAGAUUAUCAUUGAUUGUACAGAAAUUUUUACAGAGAAACCAUCAUCAUUGCAAGCAUGCAAAGAAAUAUAUUCCAAUUAUAAAGGGCACACAACAUUCAAGUUUUUAGUUGGAAUUGACACACAUGCAGCAGUUGUUUAUGUUUCUCGAGCUUGGGGUGGGCGCACUUCGGACAAACAUAUUACAUCAAACUGUAAUGACUUACUAGAUGCAAUGAAAGAGGGGGAUGAGAUAAUGGCUGAUAGAGGAUUUGACAUAGAUGAUGUCUUAAGUGUUCCAGGUGUUAAAGUUAUCAUCCCAGAUUUUAAGGGGAAAGACCGCUCACAAAUGAGGGCAGUUGAAAGUAGAAGGUCAGAAAAUAUAGCAGUGGCACGAAUACAUGUGGAGAGGGCAAUACAGAGAAUCAAGAUUUAUCGUAUUCUUCGAACUGAAAUACCUUUGACUAUGACACACUUAGCUGAGCAAAUAUUUACUGUUUGUGCCUAUUUAGUUAAUUUCCAGUCCCCAAUACUACAAUAGGUUGACAGUUAAAUAUUGAAUAGAGCAUUGGAAACAAAACUUUUCAAUAUCAAAUAUUUCAGAAUCAUACUUUGAUAUAUAUUUCCCUAACAUAUUAUUUGUCUGUACAAUAAAUUACAGUAUAAGUAAACUAUAUGUACAAUUCAACUAUUUAAAGUUUUCAA